UAACGCUGUCGUUAUAACAAACGCGAGCUGUAUGUUUACAUCAAGACGGGGGACGUGUCUUCCUGCAGGCCAAAGACGAAACAACAUGGCGAACCUGAAGUCAGUCCUAAAAUGUUGGAUAGAGUUUAAUUUGCCCGCGCUUCAGAAAAGCCUAGAUGAAACUGCAGCAGAAACAGCUCAGAGACAAGAUGAGGCAGAAAAAGCUAAGAAACUUUUAAUUGAGUUAACAAAAGAGUGGAGACGAGGUGCUGAUGAGGAAAUGAAAAGUAAAGUUUCACCAUUGAUUAAAGCCUUUCAAAAGGAGGUUGAUUCGCUAAGCAAAAGAAGCAAGUCUGCAGAAAGUACAUUUCUGAUGUUGUACAAGAACCUUCUAGAAAUACCAGAUCCUGUCCCUUCAUUGAAACAGGCAGAGAGUAUUAAGAAACAGUUGGAUAAAGCUAAGGACCUUGAAUUAGAAAAUCAAAAAUUACGUGAAACUUUGGACGAGUAUCACAGUGAAUUUGCUGAAGUUAAAAACCAAGAGGUAACUUUAAAUAAAUUGAAAGAAAAGAUAAAAGAGUAUGAAGAAGAAGCAGAAAAGAAGCUCAAGACAAUGCUUGAAGAAAAGGAAAAAGAACUUCAAAUGCAAUUUGUUGAUCGUGAAAAACAAGUAAUUGAGUCCAAAUUGGAGCUCGCAACAAAAUUGGGUGAUAUGGAAGCAAAAUUAAAACAAUACACACAAGCCUUAGAAUCUUCUACAGCGGAGAUAUUUGACCUAAAGGCCAAGCAUGAGGAAGAAUUAUUGGCUCGUACAUCAGAAAUCGAACUAUUGGAGACUGACCUAGAACGUGCCAACCAGAAUCUGCUUACUGUAGAAAAAUAUGCUGAAAGUUUGAAGGCACAGUUUCAAAAUGAAGCCUCCUCAACAAAUGCAGAUGGUUUUUCUACAGUAAAACUUGAGAGUGACACUGAAACAAUUCAUGCUUUGGAAUAUCAACUAUUAUCAAAAGAAAGGGAGUUGUCUCAGUUGAUGGAAGAAGUACAUUACCAGCAAAGUAUAUCAGCUAAAACGAAAGAUGCUUCAGAGAGAGAGAUUGCUUUGCUGGAAAAGACAAUAGAGGACAAAACAAAAUUGGUUGAAUCACUGCACCAUCAGUUAAAGCAGCAAGAAGACUAUGCUGAAAUUAAAAGAGAAAUCAGUGUGCUCAAGAUGAUUGAAUUUUCUGGUAUUGAAGGAUACACAGAAGGAGAACCAUCUUGUGCCAAACCUUUAGAAAAAUUAUUGGUAGAGAAGAACAAAACUUUGCAAUCUGAAUGUACCUUCAUGAAAGUUAGAAAUGCCGAAUUGACUGGUAAAUUUGAGGAGCUGCAGAAGAACUGUUCAGAUGCAUACAGAACUUUAAAAGAUCAAAAGGUGUUGAUCACACAAUUGGAAGGAGAUCUCAUGAAUGUGAGAGGGCUACCAUCCAGUGUUUAUCGAGGUGAAGGGGUUGGAGCUCCUUCGUCUGAUAUCAAUGCUGAGCUUGUAAGCAAAGCUGUUCAAGAUCUAAAUGUCAAUGAAGUUGAUGAAUUAGAAAAACAUAACACAGACUCGCUGCUACCAAUCAUAUCAAGUCAACGUGAAAGACUGCGAGAGAAGAAUUUGGAACUUGAAUCACAAACACGACAUCAAUUACGACAGAUAAAUAUGCUUCAAAACGAAGUGGAUACAGUAAAACAAGAUAAUGUGAAAUUAUAUGAAAAAAUCAAAUUCCUGCAAAGUUACCCAAGCAAGGGAAGCACUUCAGUAACUGUAGAUGACGAAUCUGUGAAACGAUACAGUGGUCAUUAUGAAGAAAGAAUCGAUCCUUUCAAUGUCUUCUCUAGGAAGGAGAAGCAACAACGAUACAGCAAUUUGAGCGCUCCUGAGAAAGUAACCUUGAACAUGGCCCGUUUUAUAUUAUCCAACAAGAUUGCAAGAACACUAGUCUUCUUUUACACUAUAAUGUUGCACUGUCUCGUGUUCCUGGUGUUAUACAAAUUCGCCUACACCGAAUCGUGCAAACGCCUUCUAACACCAGUUGUUCACAACAUGCAGCAAACACUUUCAUCGAAUGCAAUACUUGAAAACGUUCCACGUAUCGGGAAAGGUGCUUCUUGAUGUUCGCUUUUCGAACUAAAUGUACUUUCAUAACAAGUAGCUUAAAUAAUAAUAAAAAGUUUGUAAACGUAUUAAACAAUAACUUAUUCAAAAUU